GUAUUUAUAGUUGACGUUACACUCAACGGUUGGACGAUAUAUCCACUUGAGGUGUUCAUGAUUGGAGAGGUUGAGAGGGGUAGCUUUUUUGAUAUGGAUGAGGCAUGGAUAUCUGCAUUGGCCAAAUCCAGUAGCGCAGUUAAGAUAUAUGAAAAAAACAUUGCGAAGUCUCAACGCUCAGUCGCACGAAUAGCAGACUUACUAGAGAAAAACUUUGUAUCACUUUCUCAUGACGUAAAUUGCACGAAAAAUGCUGAGAUUCCCAUGAAAAAAUGUUUAGGUGAAGGUUGUAGUGGUGUUUUAGAAGCUUUUCCCCCAACAACUAAGUUGACUUACAGCGGAUAUAGCAAAAAGUCAACCAAUGAGGAUUUACUGAACAUGAUAAUUAACAGCAUCAUCAGUAUCCGAGUUGAAGUUACGGAUAUACUUUGUAAAAAUAAGAAUCUCUCCUCAGGUGGUUCAUUGAAUAGUUUAGUAAAUGAAGCUGAAGAAAUUGAGACUCGGGCACUGACUCUAAUCACUUCUCCAUCUCCAAUGUUUGAUGAUUGUGAUGAUACAAUGGAUUAUCAAAUGGAAUUAAUCAUGAAACGCUUAGAAUCUCAAGCUAAAGAAUGUCUUGCAGCGUGUAAAAGUAUUGUUUCUACAGGUCUUUCAAAGUCAAAACAACAAAUACCUGUAUCAUCAAAAGUUGUAAUUCCAGAAAUACCAAUACCUGAAAAUAAAUUAGCAUUUCCAACGUUUCAUGAAGCCCGUGUACUUCUUGAGAAUUAUACAAAUAUCCUUUAUCCAUCAUUGUGGGAUUCAAAAUUCAAAACAGAUGCGUUGAGAAUUAAGCAAGAUAUAACUUGUGCAUGCGGUCAGAUCAGUGCAUAUGAUCCAGUUCAUAGUAUUGGCAGAUUAGAUUGCCUUUUAAAAGUUUUGAAUCGUACUACUCCUAAGUCGACUACUACUACGAAUAAUACUAACAGUAAUUCUGAAGAAAAAGAAUCUAAUCAAAGUAAAAAUAAUGACGAUCAUUGUGACAAUCAGUUAAUGAAUAAUUUCGCUUGGCAAUGCCUGUAUUCUUCAACAAUUUCACAAGCAGAGAAACAAUUCGCCUAUAAUAUUGAUACAGCUUUAGUGUAUGCAUCAUUACUCUCUGGGAUUUUUGCACUACACCCAGAUAAGUUGUAUGGAUUUUUCGGUCGAGUAUUCUUGGCUUGUCCAGCGUUGGGAUUAUUCUGUGAUUCAAGCGGAUUAUCUCUACUAGAUGAAAUGUUUACCAGUACAGAUAUUUUACACAACUGGCGUGGUAUAACUAGACUGUUCACUGCUCUUACACUAGCCCAUCCACCUCCACAUCUUAAAGUUACACGUCAUAAACUUUUAACGCCUAUAUUUUUAUGGAAAGUUAUCAGUGGUAUAGUAAAUCAUGAAUUUAUUCCAUGCGCAACUGCAGAAAUUCUACAUGGAAUAUUUGAAGUUGCAGGUGUUGUACUACUGAAACUUUAUGGUAAUCAAGCUAUACGUCUUGUUCAUAAAAUCAGAAUAAUUAUAAAUAACUCGAGUAUUUUACGUCAAUCAUUACCAGAGAUGCAAUUAAUGACACUGCUAGAGAAAUACAACAUUACUGACAGUAACCCUCCUGGUAAAAUUGGCUUCAUCGAGAAAAGUUUUUGGAUAUCCUGAUAACACUGGUGUUUGUAAAAUGUUCUGCUAGUUGUAUGAGUUUUUAAAAUUUAUUUAUGUAUUAUAAACCCAAGAUUUGUACAUAUUACUUAUUUUUUUUCUCGUAAAUAUAUGUUUACUAUUUCGUUCCA